AUGGAAAACAUGUCUGAUGCUUACUUCUGCUUUAGGAAAAAAAUGAAGAAAGAUAUGACCAGCAAAUGCUUAGCAGUAUUGAAGAAGAUGAGUAAACAGUAUUGUUCUUCAACUCUUAAUUUAGCACAAGAACAUUUGUCCAUGGUGGUCAGGUUAUUCAAUGAAACUAGAGAUAUCACCAUCUCCAUCUCACAACACCUGUUAUCAUUCAUGACUACUCCAGUGCAACCUAGAAAUGUGAAAUGGGCAUUUUCAAAGUUGAUAUAUAAACAAGGACGAGUAGCAUGCAAGGGUAAUGACAAGGCUAAUGUGAGUGAGGUGGAGCUUGUUGAUGUUGCAUUACUAGAUACAAUCUCAGUUAGGAAAGUUUCGAGCAAGGAGAUCACAAAUGAGAAAUUACAAGCUGCCAAGAAGUCGUUGGAGAAACUAGAGAAUGGGAUUGAUGCUAUUGAAGCUAAAUCAGAGGUUACUUUCAGACGCAUAAUCCAAACUCGAGUCUCUCUUCUUAACAUGUUUGUCAACUGA